GGGAGAUUAAAAAAAAUGAGAAAGAAAACGAAAAGUUCCCCAUUCAUCCCCUCCCGGCUCACAUCGAGCCUUCACAGUCCAGCCGCCGCCGCCGCCCCCGAUCCCGAUCCAGCCACACCUCGCCGCCCCCCACUGCCGCCGCCCCCAUCCCAUCCCACCUCCAUUGCCGCUUCCUCUCACCACCACCACGACUCCACAGUGCUGCCGCCGCCGCCCCCGAUCCAGUCACACCUCCACGGCCUGUCACCACCGCCGCCGCCCUCCUACUGCCGCCGCCCCUACCACACCUGCAGCGCCGCCCCAACCCACCUCCAUCGCCGCCCUCUCUCACCACCACCGCUGGUCUCCACCGCGGCCCUCCCCGCCACCACCGCCGGUCUCCGGUCUCCUCUCUCCCGCCCCAUCACCGAAUACACCCCACCACCACCGGUCUCCCUUCUCCCGACCCCAUCGCCUCCCAUCUUCUCCCACCUCGUCAAGGAUCCAUUUCAUCCGGGAACUGCGUCAUCUCUCCUUUUGUCCAGAACAACUACUCCAUUUGUUGUGAUUUCAAGGAAGCAAGGUGUAGAGGCCAAAAAUCCCGCUUGCAAUCUGAAGAUGUUGCUCAAAGUCACGGAGGUUCACGACCAUUCACGGAGUAUAGGCAAUUUUUGGAACAUAAGUUUGGACCUGAGAAUAAUGAACACAUAUGCUGUGAUGAAAUCUGGUAUGAAAAACCAUGAUGAAAAUGGCAAUAGUGGUGCAAUCAGCAGCCAGAAAGCACAAAAACGCCUUGAUGAUUAUUCUACUGGUAUGAAGGUAGCAUAUCCAGAGAAUUGGCAGGACAUAGAUUUGGAUGAAAGGGUCUUGUACAACACAUCGGGUGGCAUGCCUCAUGGCCGUGUAGCGAUUGCAUCUGGUGUUGUGAAGAAAGCUGUUGUUCUUUCUGCUGCCAGGGCAACAAAUCUGAAGCCAUCUAUUUCCACUGCUUACCGGAAUGCUAUCCAAGAGAAUGAACAAUUGCGUAGUACAGAUGAGAGUCUAAAAAGGAAAACAGAAAUUCAUGACCAAAUGUUCAAGAUGCUUUUUGCAAAGAUGGGAGAAGAGCUACCGGAGUGGUUCCUUCAGGGUCAAUCUAAUGCUCAUACACAGGGAAACACCAAUUCAUCCCAUGUUAGUUCAGGCGAUGGCCCUAUGGACCAUGAGGUCGGGCAUGACAAUAUUGAAGGCAACAAACGAUGGUGAGAACAUUGUUGGUGACGAUGACAAUCGUGGCUUCAAUCUUGACGGUGCCUCUGGAGGAGGAUCUCACUAGUCUACUUCCAUGUCAACUAAUGGUCUUUCUUGUAUUUUGGAUGUGUGUAGUAGUACCAUAUGCCACUAGCGAAACUUAGUUGCUUACCUUUUGUUGCAUUCACUUGUGUGAAGUGAUAUGUAAGUGAUGUUUUCCUGUAGUAGUCCCCAUGUAUUUUUCUACCAGUGUGUUGCCUUGUGCACUGUGAUGCAACAUAGUGCUACUGGCCAAACUACUAUCCAUGUAAAUUGCUAGUGUCCCAGAUAAUUAGUGGUAUGUAGUGUGUUGGUGGCUUGUAGGUGUGUAACAUAGUUGUAUGUUACUCUUGCUCAAAUGUAUAUAUUGAACUUCUAUGUGACGUGUACA